GAAAGAGUGAGCUAGCUUUGCAUCGUCACACCUUCCGUGUUAGCACAUCGUUCAAAGCAGAUUUUUUCCGCUCCUCCCCCACCCGACCAAACCACUUCGUGUGUUGUGUGUUGGCUGCUGACGGACGGUCGACUCUCGAACCAAAACUUUUGACGGACGACGAGAACCGCGGCCGCCAGCCAACGAACGGGAGCCGCGAAGAGAAGAAAAACCCAAAAGUGCAAAGAAAAAGAUGGCAACCGCUGCUGCUGCUGGAAUUUUCAACUGAUCGGAAAAGUGCGAAAAUCUCUGGUUCCUAGUGUGCAAAUCGCAGCGGAAAAAGUGCAUUUCGGUCGGUCGUUGCGCCCCGGAUGGGAUUUCGACCGUGGCAAGAUUCUCAACGGCCAGUAGUAGUAGUAGUAUAGCACAAAGUAUGUCCUCUAUGGAGCCCCAUCAUCAUCGUCAUCAUCCUCUCGUUACGAUCCAAUCGUCCACCCUAGUGAUGCAGUCGCAACAGUUCAGUGCCCUUCCCACAGGCACCAUCAUGGACAACACUGCCCUCCUGUCGCUGAAACCUCAGACCUCGGCCGUGUGCAUCGGCAACGGCACCCCAUCCUACCACAACAGCGAAUCGAUGGGUUUGUUCCACACGCUGGAAAAAGUCCACGCCGCCAAACAGCAAGUCAUCAUGAACGAGUUCCUCAACAGCCAUCUUCCAGCAUCUAUCCCGGUUGCGGCCACCGCAGCCGCCACCAACGGAAGUCUUUCCAGCACAACCAACGGAAAGAGUCCCCCGCUGGAUCAGAACGUUCCGAGCUUGUGCACGGACAUCGAACCGGAUUCUACGACAUCCUCGCUGGGACAGCUUCCGGUCACGCCGGAAAAGAACUGCGGUGCCAAGUUCAAACCACAGGAGGACGUCCUGGUGGAACACAAAGACGGCCGGUUCUAUCUGGGCACGGUGAUUGCCAUCGGGAACUGUCAGUGUCUGGUGCGGUUCAAUGAUAACACGGAGUGCUGGUCGGACUUUCGGGAACUGACCAAGCUGAGCGGUGGAGGCGAAGCGGACGAUGCUCCGGCCUGUGUGGUGUGCAAGCGGCAACAGCAGAGCGAGGAUAGUGUGGAGGUGUGCGAGAACUGCGGCCGAGGCUAUCAUGUGAAGUGUAUGGAUGGGAACUUUAAGCGGAACGGGUACUGGUUCUGUCGGAUGUGUGCAUCUCCCAACGGAAAACGGAAGGAUGUCCGCUAUGUGUGUUCCGGAGUGUUAUCGGAGUCACUGGAUCCUCUGACGGACAAAGCACAACUUCCGUACGAUAUCGACACACUGACGUGGGAUCCACUGCAUCGCACCAAUGUGGAACAGAACUACUGCUACUGCGGAGACGACGGCGAUUGGCUACGGGAAAUGAUCCAGUGCUGUCGGUGUCAACAGUGGUACCACGGCCGAUGUAUCCGCAGUCUACAGUAUCCGAUUUUUCUGGGCGAUCGGUUCUACUUCUUCAUCUGUUCGAUUUGCAAUCGAGGGCACGAGUUUGUCCGACGGCUGGAGGUCAGUUGGCCGGAUUUGAUCCACCUGGCGCUAUAUAACUUGAUCGCUCGCAACGGGAAGCGGUUCUACGACGUUACAAAAGCAAUUUUCCCGUACGUGGAAGACAAUUGGAAAACGCUGCAGAUGAGUGGUCAGAUGAGUAAACUGUCGCCGAACGCCCGCAAAGAGAUCAUCACCCAAACGCUGGCCAAUGAUCGGAACCGGUUCAAGUGUGGUAGUGAGGCAAGGAAGGCGGCUACCAUGUGGACGCUACGUGUCAACCAGCCACCCAGUCCCCCGAACGUACUAAUACAACCCGGUCAGAUCAUCACCGAGCACAUGCUGACGCAGAUGUCGACCGAAAAUCGAAUCUACCGGUUCCUGCCGAGGGUAGCAUUAGAGCGUUCCCUCGUGAACGACGCCCCUAGUCGGGAGAAGAUGACCGGCGUCAGUUACUGCUCCCCGCUGGUUUCGGAGGACGACGCCUCGGACGUUUCGGACGACCCCGACCAAGGCAACCAGGAACAGGACAACAGUUCCGAUUUUGAAGCUCCGACCGGUGCGGGCAUCGGCGGUGGCGAACUCGUGGCAGCGUCAACGGCCAUCGGAGCCGUUGACCACGGCGUAGGAGGAGCAGGUGCAAUCAUCGGCAACAACAGUACAGGGAAACAACAGCAACAACAGUCUAGUUCAAAUUUAACUGAAGCACUAUUUAGUUCCAAUGCCAAGGAUGGCUUCCAGCUGUUCGGAAGUGGGGUGAUCGCAGCUACAGCUGCUGGUCCGAGUUCAAAACCGCAGAGUGAUGCAGGCAGUGUUGCCAGCGGCAGUGGAAAUAGGCGAGCGUUCAAGUCACGCUCCAAGAAGACCGAAAGUGAAAAGUCCUUCGACAUCUACGACUCGUCGGACGACACUUCGAGAAACACGCUGGAUUUGAUCAUUCCGCCGCCGAAGGAUUUCACAGGAAAGAAUAACCCGUUCCACCAGGCUACGGCUGCGGCAGUAGCGGCCGCGACAGCAGCAGCAGCUGCUGCUUCAUCGGCUAGUACUGCAGCCCUGGUCGCCGGACCAGGGCUGAUGAAGAGUGGUGGUAAUGAACUGAAAGACUUGAUGCAGAAGACUAAUACCACCACCAAUCAUGUUAGUCAUUUAAGUAGUAACCUAAUAAAUGGGGAACUCCGGGUGGCGCGGAUCGUCAAACGGAGGUUGAGUGCUCGCGACAUCAUGAACGGGUCCAAGAGUAAACGGAGGAAGUUCCGGCAGAGCUCGGUCAUCGGUACCACCAUCACGGCUAUUGCUUCUCCUGCCAGCGCACUUCCCACGCCCGGGCAAUCGUCGAGCCUCAUAGCGUCCCUCUUCAGCCAACCGCUGGACACUAACGGUUGGACUAGCCAAAUUCCCCUCAGCCACCUGCUACCGUCGUCGUCUUCGUCCGGUAGUAACACCCCUGCCAACUGUUCCUAUCAGCAGCCGCAGCCACCGCCGCAGUCAAACUCGAACGUUCCUCAAGCACUGCCGGCUUCGGUGCUGACCUCAGCUGCUUCCUCCUCGGCGUCGUCGUCGUCGUCGUCCGCAACCUCCUCAGCCACGACGCCCACAUCUCAGGAACCUGCGGCGCCUCCACCUCCGCCAUCAAAACGCAACCUAGCCUCUCACGGUCGGCGUCUGCGCCAACGUCAGGAACGUAACUACAACGAGAACGCCCGGAGGGCCAGCUUUACGGCAUCCACAACGCCCGGUUCCAGUUUGCCGGGAUCCCCCGUUAAAAAUGGGACCACCGAUAAUAAUGGUCAGGUGGUGCCGGCGGUGGCGGCGGCAACGUCAGCAACCACCGGAAGUGAUCUCCAGUCGUCGCUGAAUUUGUACUUCGGCGCCGCCCAUCGGAUUCUCAGCGGCGAACGGUUCGUCAUCAGGGGCCGGCGGGUUUCGAUCUCCGGCAAGGUACAGUAUUUGAUCGAGUGGGAAGGCUGCCCGGCGACGCAGGUAAUGUAAGUGUGCGUUCUCUUUUUUGGGAUUCUGGAUUUGGUUCGUGUCCCCGAUGUGUGGGGUACUGGGUGCAUCUACCACUACCUCGGUCUUUAGUUUUCCGGAGAGUUUUUUAGCCUUUCUGUGCCAGUAUCAACUAGAAACAUGCAGCUUAUGAGUGAGGUAUUAAGGUUUUUAAAUCAUUAGAGUAACAUUCCAAAGUGAUGUAAUAAAUUGUUCAUGUAUUUUAUUAUUUAUUGAAUACAAAAAGUAGAUUAUGAAUUUUGAACUAAUGUAUCUCAGAUAUUAAACAGAUAGUCUUUGGUCUUACCAGCUAUUUCUGAGAUAGAUCAACAUAUCUCUCGAGUUACCCCUCGGGGUACAUCUCUUGAGUUACCCCUCGGGGUAAAGCGCUCGAGUUACCCCUCGGGGUAAAGCGCUCGCAUUACCCUCGGGGGUAAAGCGCUCAAGUUACCCUCGGGGGUGCUCGAGUUACCUUCGGGGGUAAAUCGCUCGAGUUACUCGGGGUAAAUCGCUUCAGUUACCCCUCGGGGUAAAUUGCUCGAGUUACCCCUCGGGGUAAAUCGCUCGAGUUACCCCUCGGGGUAAAUCGCUCGAGUUACCCCUCGGGGUAAAUCGCUCGAGUUACCCCUCGGGGUAAAUCGCUCGAGUUACCCCUCGGGGUAAAUCGCUCGAGUUACCCCUCGGGGUAAAUCGCUCGAGUUACCCCUCGGGGUAAAUCGCUCGAGUUACCCCUCGGGGUAAAUCGCUCGAGUUACCCCUCGGGGUAAAUCACUCGAGUUACCCCUCCGGGUAAAUCGCUCGAGUUACCCCUCGGGGUCAAUCGCUCGAGUUACCACUCGGGGUCAAUCGCUCGAGUUACCCCUCGGGGUCAAUCGCUAGAGUUACCCCUCUGGGUAAAUUUCUCGAGUUACCCCUCGGGGGUAAAGCGCGCGAGUUACCCCUCGGGUAAAUCACCCGAGUUACCCCUAGGGGUAAAGCACUCGAGUUACUCCUCGGGGUAAAGCACUUGAGUUACCCCUCGGGGUAAAGCGCUCGAAUUACCCCUCAGAGUAAGUCGUUUGAGUUCCUCGGGGUCUCUCGUUUAACCACUUGGAUCGCCAAUUGAACCUGUAGUCUUAUGACGAUUGUUUUUUUCUUCUUCUGGAGUAUUUCCUCGAAUUCUCAACGAUGUGCUUGUAAAAGUUCUUGUCAAAAGCUAAAGACUGUACUGCCGUGAAUCGCAUAUCAGUCCCAUCUUUGCUGGAUUUCCUAUGCAAAUGGGACAGAUAUGCGAUUCACGGCAGUGUAUGGCUAUUUAGAAACACCUGGCACAGGUUCCACCAUGGUCUCUGGAGACACUUCAGCUUCUGGUUCUCAAGCCAAGAGAUGUCGUGCGAUGAUUCAUGGUUUGGAAAAAAAAAUGCUAGAAAUGAUAUUGAUACUCCAGAAUACCUGGCAUAAGCUGUAUUGGCCGACCCCCAACGUAAAAGUUAAUUUCUUUAAGGGCACCAAUUAACAGAGGCUGGACUGCAAUGCGAAAGUUAGUAAUCGUUUGAGAGACGCUCCUAUUUCUAAACUAUGAAAUCAGCUCACCAUAACCGAAAAUCAGGAACGAACACUAGACUGUUUUGUAACGUAAUGUAGUUGUCACAUGUACGAUGGGAAAUGUCGUUUCAUAUGUGUGCAGCACAACCAAAUCACUACUUUUGUAUGUAGUUUUGAAGUAAUGUUACGAAAUGAAUUAGAAAAAAGAAGUCUGAAGUAAAGAAAACGACAAGUGCAAAGCUCACCAAUAAGGAUACAAAAACAAUGGGAACACUAAGACACACACACACACACACACACACACACAGUAGAACGAUAAAUCUAGAUUUAAAGCAACCGACAAGCGUGAAUUGAGUAGAUGUUUUAUCGCUGAACAGAACUGCCGAAAGUCACCAAUAACUAUUAAUAGAACGGAAUGAUCAUAGUCCUAAGCCUGACAGAGUUAGCUAUAUUAUCACACAUACUACUACUACAAUAACUCAUAAUCGCAACUUUGUAUUGAUCGUUGAAGACGUCAUAGUUGCACAUUUUUGUUACAGUUUUGCUCACCCAUUUUGUUGUUUAUUCUUAUUUAUCGACCUGGGUACCUACGCUCGCAGCCAAAUAGUGCGAACAAAAGAUUCGAGCACAUGCUGGAUUUGGAUUUCGUUCGACACGUACUUAACUGUUCGUGGUAUACGCCCGAAUGGAGUUUCUUUUAGGCAAUAUGACUCCUGAAGCAAUCGGCAUACUGGAGAUCGUCGUGAAUUGAUUUUUUUCGUCCUGACUACAAGAGAUGGCAACUGAGUGAGGUAGCUUGAGUAUCAACACUACUCAAUGCAUCAUGGAACCGAAAUUACGAGAUUUGACUCAAUUCGAGGUUUCACAAACCAAUGCAAAUGUUGACCUUCGUUCCAUACUGGAAUUCAAGGUGAAUCACAUCUAUAAAUUGAUCUUAAAGACCUCAAUUUUGCGUAAACCCAAAAGGGAGUCUGUCUCUGACUAGCUCAAUUCUGUGUCAACCACGGGCAAUCAAGUGCGAAAAGUCUGAACGCAAAUAUGAAAACAAAACCUAACCGAACGUAAAGAAAAAUGAAACCGAACACUGCCUAAAAACCCGUGUGAUAGGGAAAUACGCGAGAGAAGAUAAACAUGAUUAUCAAAAUAAGAACAAAUGCAACACUAAUCUAAACACAAAUCUAAACCGAAGCGGAGAGAGAAAAAGGAAAGUCUUCUGUUGAUCUCCGAUCUGGGGAGAUCGUUCUUCUUAGCGAUUUUGUUUCAAAUACUAAAAAAAUAACUGAAUAAGAACAUAUGUAAAUACUAAAAUUCGAUCCUAGCAAAGGAAGAGACGAACGAAAAUUUCUCGCAACCCAAUCCCGCACUGAUAAACUGCAGAAAACUAGUGUGUAUUCUCGUAUUAUACUUAGUUAUGUUAAAUUAUUACAAACCUCAUGUAACAUGAUUUGCGCGGUAACACCAAUCGCGCGGCAUUCGUAGACUAAAUUUAAGGUUAUGUAAAUCAAACAUUUUAGCUAUUCAAGCUCGCCGUCGUUCCCCCAUGUGUACAUAUAGAUCGCGACAUACACAUUUGCACUAGUAGCAUACAUACGUUUAACUUAAAUCUCCCUAAAUUCUGAAUUGAUUCUGUUGAAUACUUUUAUCAUUACACCGCCCGCUCGAAAGCGGGCGGGAUAACGUGUUUUUGUUAAGUUCUUUUUCGAAAGUUUAAGUAGCAAAACGGGAGUCGAAGCCGAACGAUGAUGGCUCCUGCAUUAUUCUUAUAUUUCAUUCGUCGUCGUCAUAAACGGUUCUAAUCGGUAAUCGUAGAUGUUGUAACAACAAAACGGAAAACUAACGGUAAUCGCAAAUUUUAAUCCGAAGAAUUGUGGAGAAAAUAAACCGAAAAACACUAUAACUAUAACUAGUACGGAGGAAAACGGAACGUGGGUGUAAAUUAUUGGAAUCAACUCGCUAGUAAUGUAGUACGAAGAGAAAAAAGGGUGGUUUUUUAACCGUUGGAUGUGGAAAACACGACUAUGGAUUCUUAAAAAUUA